CUUAUACAAUAUUUGUCCUAUUGCAACUGACUGAUUUCAUUCAGCAUAAUACCUUCCAGGUUCUUUCAUGUUAUGAAAUGUUUCACAGAUUCCUCACUGUUCUUUAUCGAUGCGUAGUAUUCCAUUGUGUGACUAUACCAUAAUUUAUUUAUCCAUUCAUCUGUUGAUGGGCACCUUGGUUGCUUCCAUCUUUUUGCUAUUGUAAACAGUGCUGCAAUAAACAUGGGUGUGCAUAUAUCUGUUUGUGUAAAGGCUCUUAUUUCUCUAGGAUAUAUUCCAAGGAGUGGGAUUGCUGGAUCCUAUGGUAGUUCUAUUCCUAGCUUUUUAAGGAAGCGCCAAAUCGAUUUCCAUUCGCCAUUCCCACCAGCAGUGUAUAAGUGUUCCAAUCUCUCCACACCCUCUGCAACAUUUAUUAUUUCGUGUUUUUUGGAUUAAUGCCAGCCUUGUUGGAGUAAGAUGAAAUCUUAUUGUAGUUUUGAUCUGCAUUUCUCUACUGGCUAAUGAUCAUGGACAUUUCCUCAUGUAUCUGUUAGCUACCUGAAUGUCUUCUUUAGUGAAGUGUCUAUUCAUAUCUUUUGCCCAUUUUUUAAUUGGGCUAUUUGUCUUUUUGCAGUUGAGUUUUUGCAGUAUCAUGUAGAUUUUAGAGAUCAGGCACUGAUCAGAAAUGUCAUAGCUAAAAACGCUCUCCCAGUCUGUAGGUAGUCUUUUUACUCUUUUGGAGAAGUCUUUGGAUGAGCAUAGGUGUUUGAUUUUUAGGAGCUCUCAGUUAUCUAGUUUUUCUUCUGCAUUCUUAAUAAUCUUUAUACUGUUUACGCCAUGUAUUAGGGCUUCUAACGUUGUCCCUAUUUUUUCUUCCAUGAUCUUUAUCAUUUUAGAUUUUAUAUUUAGGUCUUUGAUCCAUUUUGAGUUAGUUUUUGUCCAUGGAGCGAGGUAUAGGUCUUGUUUCAUUUUUUUGCAGAUGGAUAUCCAGUUAUGGCAGCACCAUUUGUUAAAAAGACUGUCUUUUCCCCAUUUAACUGUUUUGGGGCCUUUGUCAAAUAUCCACUGCUCAUAUGUGGACGGAUUUAUGUCUGGAUUCUCAAUUCUGUUCCAUUGGUCCAUGUAUCUGUUGUUGUACCAGGACCAGGCUGUUUUGACAACUGUGGUGGUAUAAUAGGUUCUAAAAUCAGGUAAAGUAAGGCCUCCUGCUUUGUUCUCUUUCAGUAAUGCCUUAUUUAUCCGGGGCCUCUUUCCCUUCCAUAUGAAAUUGGCGAUUUGUUUCUCCAUCUCAUUAAAGACCGUCCUUGGCAUUUUGAUCGGAAUUGCAUUAAAUGUAUAGAUGGCUUUUGGUAGAAUAGACAUUUUUAUAAUGUUAAGUCUUCCUAUCCAUGAGCAAGGUAUGUUCUUCCACUUAUGUAAGUCUCUUUUGGUUUCUCGCAGAAGUGUACUGUAGUUUUCUUUGUAUAAGUCUUUUACAUCUCUGGUAAGAUUUAUUCCUCAGUAUUUUAACUUCUUGGGGGCUACUGUAAAUGGCAUUGACUUGGUAAUUUCCUCUUCGAUGUUCUUUUUGUUGGUGUAGAGGGAUCCAAGUGAUUUUUGUAUAUUUAUCUUGUAUCCCAGUACUCUGCUAUUAGUUUCAGUAGUUUUCUGGAGGAUUCCUUAGGGUUUUCUGUGUAUAAGAUCAUGUCAUCUGCAAAUAGAGAUACUUUUACUUCUUCCUUGCCGAUCUGGAUGCCCUUUAUUUCUUUACCUAGCCUAAUUGCUCUGGCUAGGACUUCCAGCACAAUGUUGAAUAAGAGUGGUGAUAAAGGGCAUCCUUGUCUGGUUCCUGAUCUCAAUGGGAAUAUUUUCAGGCUCUCUCCAUUUAGGGUAAUGUUGGCUGUUGGCUUUGUAUAGAUGCCCUUUAUUAUGUUGAGGAAUUUUCCCUCUAUUCCUAUUUUACUGAGAGUUUUUAUCAUGAAUGCAUGUUGAACUUUGUCAAAUGCCUUUUCUGCAUCAAUUGAUAAAAUCAUGUGAUUCUUGUCUUUUGUUUUAUUUAUGUGGUGGAUUACAUUAAUUGUUUUUUUAAUGUUGAACCAUCCCUGCAUACCUGGUAUGAAUCCCACUUGGUCAUGGUGAAUUAUUUUUUUUUGAUAUGUUAUUGAAUUCUAUUGGCUAGAAUUUUGUUGAGGAUUUUUGCAUCUAUGAGGGAUAUAGGUCUAUGUUUUUCUUUUCUUGUGGUGUGUCUACCUGGUUUUGGUAUUAGGGAUAUGCUGGCUUCAUAGAAUGAGUUUGGUAGUAUUCCAUCCUUUUCUAUGCUCUGAAAUCUCUUUAGUAGUAGUGGUGUUAACUCCUCUGAAAGUUUGGUAGAACUCUGCAGUGAAGCCCUCCGGACCAGGGCUUUUUUUUGUUGGAAGUUUUUUGAUUACCUUUUCAAUCUCCUCUUUUGUGAUGGGUCUGUUUAGAUGUUCCACCUCAGUUUGUAUUAGUUUAGGUAGGUAGUGUGCUUCUAGGAAUUCAUCCAUUUCUUCUAGGUUUUCAAAUAUGUUUGAGUAUAGUUUUCCAUAGUAAUCUGAUAUGAUUCUUUUAAUGUCAGUUGGGUCUGUGGUAAUAUCGCACAUCUCAUUUCUUAUAUGGGUUAUUUGCUUCCUCUUCUGUUUUUCUUUGGUCAGUUUGGCCGGUUUGGUUUAUCAAUUGUGGUGAUUUUUUCAAAAAACCAGCUUUUGGUCUUGUUAAUUCUUUGAAUUGUUUUUCUGUUUUUUUUUUUUCAGUUAGUUCAGCUCAAAUUUUUAUUAUUUGUUUUCUUCUGGUGCCUGUGCGUUUCUUUUGUUGGUCUCUUUCUAUUUGUUCAAUUGCUGGGAUAAUUCUUUGAUUUUGGCCCUUUCUUCUUUUUGGAUGUGUGCAUUUAUUGAUAUAAAUUGGCCUCUGAGCACUGCUUUUGCUGUGUCCCAAAGGUUCUGAUAGGAAGUGUUUUCCUUCUCAUUGGAUUCUCUGAAUUUCUUUAUUCCAUCCUUAAUUUCUUCUAUAAUCCAGUCUUUUUUGAGAAAGGUAUUGUUCAGUUUCCAAGUGUUUGAUUUCUUUUCCCUGUUAUUGAUUUCCACUUUUAUGGCCUUCUGGUCAGAGAAGAUGCUUUGUAAUAUUUCAAUGUUUUGGAUUCUGCUAAGGCUUGCUUUAUGACCUAAUAUGUGGUCUAUUCUAGAGAAUGUUCCAUGUGCACUAGAAAAGAAAGUAGAGUUGGUUGCCGUUGGGUGGAGUGUUCUGUAUAUGUCUACGAGGUCAAGUUGGUUGACUGUGGCAUUUAGAUCUUCUGUGUCUUUAUUGAGCUUCUUUCUGGAUGUCCUGUCCUUCACCGAAGGUGGUGUGUUGAAGUCUCCCACUAUUAUUGUGGAGCUGCCUUUCUUACUUUUCAAUACUGUUAGAGUUUGUUUUAUGUAUCUUGCAGCCCUGUCAUUGGGUGCAUACAUAUUUAAUAUGGUUAUAUCUUCUUGGUGUAUUGUCCUUUUAAUCAUUAUGUAGUGUCCUUCCUUAUCCUUUAUGAUUGAUUUAACUUUAAGUUCUAUUUCGUCAGAAAGUAAUAUUGCCACUCCUACUCUUUUUGAUUGUUGUUUGCUUGAUAUAUAUUUUUCCAUCCUCUGAGUUUUAGUUUGUUAGUGUCUCUAAGUCUAAGGUGUGUCUCUUGUAGGCAGCAUAUAGAUGGAUCUUGUUUUUUAAUCCAUUCUGCCACUCCCUGUCACUUUAUUGGUGCAUUUAGUCCAUAUGCAUUCAGGGUAAUUAUGGAUAGGUAUGAAUUUAGUGCUAUCGUUUUGAUGCCUUUUUUUGUGUGUUAUUGAUGGUUUCAUUUCACUCUUCAUUUUAUGUGCUGAGUAGAUUAUCUUCAUAUAUUGUCCUUUGCUCAUAUUUGUUGUCAUUGAUUUUGUUUCUGCUGAGUCUCUUUUUUUUUCUUGUAUUUUAUUUUGAUGAGUAGGAUAGUUUAUCUCCUUUAUGGGUACCUUAUUAUUUACCCCCAUUUUUCUGAAUUGAAACCUCACUUUUAUUUCUUUGUAUUGCUGUAUCUUCCUCUCCGUAUGGAAGGUGCAUGAUUACAUUUCUUGGUCCCUCUUUAUGAUUUUAAUGUUGUCUUCUUUUAUAUAAUAAGAUCGCCAUUACCCUGUGUUGGGCUUUUCUUUUCUUUUCUUUUUUAUACUCUUGGUUUGUUUUUUUGGAUUUCCUUGCCUGGGUUGACUUCUGGUUGCUCUGCCCACGGUUCUAGUCUUGUGUUGAUACCCGAUAUUAUUGAUUUUCUAACGAAGGAACUCCCUUUAGUAUUUCUUGUAGUUUUGGUUUGGUUUUUACACAUUCCCUAACCUUGUGUUUAUCUGGAAAUGUCUUAAUUUCACCUUCAUAUUUAAGAGACAGUUCUGAUGGAUAUAUGGUUCUUGGCAGGCAAUUUUUUUCCUUAAAGUUUUUAAAUAUGUCAUCCCAUUGCCUUCUUGCCUGUAUGGUUUCUGCCGAGUAGUCCGAGCUCAUUCUUAUUGGCUCUCCUUUGUAGGUGAAUUUUCUUUUAUCCCUCGCUGCUCUUAUAAUUCUCUUUAUCUUUGGUUUUGGGAAGUUUGAUUAUAAUAAGUCUUGGUGACUUUCUUUUACGAUCUACCUUACAUGGAGUUCCAUGAGCAUCUUGGAUGGAUAUCUUCUCAUCUUUCACGAUAUCACGGAAGUUUUCUGCCAACAAAUCUUCAACAAUUCUCUCUAUUUUCUGUCAUCCAUUCCUGUUCUGGUACUCCAAUCACUCGUAGGUUAUUUCUCUUGAUAGAGACCCACGUGAUUCUUAAAGUUUCUUCAUAUUUUUAAAUUCUUUUAUCUGAUUUUUCUUCAAAUAUAUUAGUGCCAAGUGAUUUAUCUUCAAGUUCAGAAAUUCUAGCUUCUACUUGCUCAAUUCUGCUCCUCUGGCUUUCUAUUGAGUUGUCUACUUCUGUAAUUUUAUUGUUAAUCUUCUGAAUUUCUGAUUGCUAUGGAUUUUUCCAGCUUUUUAAACUUUUCAUUAUGUUCCUGAAUAAUCUUUCUAAUUUCUUCAGUUGCUUUAUCUGUGUGUUCCUUGGCUUGUUCUCCGUAUUGCCUCAUUUCCUUCCUGAUGUCUUGAAGGGUUCUGUAUAUUAAACUUUUGUAUUCUGCAUCUGGUAAUUCCAGGAAUACACUUGCAUCUAGAAGAUCCCUGGAUUCCUUUUUGAGAGCCUGCUGAGGUGAUCAUGGUCUGUUUCUUUAUGUGACUUGAUAUUGGCUGUUGUCUCCGAGCCAUCUGUAAGUUAUUGUAUUAGUUUAUGCUUGCUUAGUGUGUCAUACCUUCUUGCUUUGUUUUGUUUUGGUAUACCCGUACGGGUUGCUUGAGUGAGCUAGGUUGAUUUAUUUUCACCUUUGGAGCUCUGAUGCCCAGUCCCCAGAUGGCUAGAGCUGUUAUCGGAUAUAUCAGUCUAGAAGUCCUUUCAGUUUUCUUGUAUGAAUUUAGCUCAGGUUUCCAGGUAGCUGAUCAUCAAGUGUGUGGUACAGCCUCUGUCUUACAGUCUUAGAGGGCGAAGGGUGAUUGGCGUGUAUACUGGUAUCUGAUUGCAGCAGGGGGUCAUGCUCUGAACAAGGCAGGGGGCUGAGAACUGACCCCCAAGUGUCUCUGAGGAAAACACGUCUCUGUUCCCUAGAGCGUGCUGGUGGGUGGGUUUUGCAGAGGGACCAAGGGCACCCAAGGUUUUUGGUUGUAAGGACUGGGAGUUAGCAGUUAUCUUUUGACCCCUGUCGUGGGUGGCUGGGUGACCUGAGUGGAGCUACCAGUCCUUAGGCCCCUGAUGUGGGUAGGUGAGGACCUUGUUUAAUAGGCAAAGGGAUGUCAAACAUCAAACACCCACCUCUCCACCACACAGCUGAAAUGGUUGGAGUUUGCCAACAAGGGCCUAGUCUCCUGAAAUAGGCCCACAAAGGUCCAUGCAGAAUGAAAAGGUGCUCAACUUCCACAGACGGUUUAUACCUGGACAGGAGCCGCUUCUGUCCUGAGCUCCCCCAGUUAAUGGAGCUAGCAAAUUAUCUUUUCCCCCCAGUUGCAAAUUUUUUCCUUCCCCAAGGCCAGAGCUUGGCCCUAGGUGCUCGCCAGAGUCUAUCUCAGGUCCAGGGAUUCACCUGGUGAAGCCGGCUUGGGGGUGGUGGGGGAGCGCGGUAAAAUAUACGCAAGUACUUAGCUUUUGCCGAGAGCGCUGUUCUCCUCAGGUUCCGGAGAUGUGGGUGGGCUUUGCAGCUGGCUGCUUCUCCCUGAGGAAACUACGGCCGAACACUAGUACCAGCCUGCCGCUGCUGCUGCUGCUCCUGCAAUGGUGUCUGAGGGCUCCCCGUGAUUCAGAGUGAUCCUGUAAAGUAUGAUUCUCCAACCUCAUUUUAAGAACAAGAAACUGAGGCUGUGAAAAGUAACUUUUCCAAAUCACUCAACUGGUCAGCAGGAGAAUAUCUGACACAGAAAAUGAGAGAGGAAACUUGAAGGAGAACCUCAGGUCUCAAGAAGGCCUAUCACUUCAAAAGGGCCUAUCUAUGAGCCCCAAAAGGUCUGACCUACCAGAAACAUGGCAACCAGCGCUGUCCCCAGUGACAACCUACCCACGUACAAGCUGGUGGUGGUGGGCGAUGGGGGUGUGGGCAAGAGUGCCCUCACCAUCCAGUUUUUCCAGAAGAUCUUUGUGCCUGACUACGAUCCCACUAUCGAAGACUCCUACCUGAAACAUACAGAGAUUGACAAUCAGUGGGCCAUCUUGGACGUCCUGGACACAGCUGGGCAAGAGGAGUUCAGUGCCAUGCGAGAGCAGUACAUGCGGACAGGCGACGGCUUCCUCAUCGUCUACUCAGUCACCGACAAGGCCAGCUUCGAGCAUGUGGACCGCUUCCACCAGCUCAUCCUUCGAGUCAAGGACAGGGAGUCGUUUCCGAUGAUCCUUGUGGCCAACAAGGUCGAUUUGAUGCACUUGAGGAAAAUCACCAGGGAGCAAGGAAAGGAAAUGGCAACCAAACACAAUAUUCCGUACAUAGAAACCAGUGCCAAGGACCCACCUCUCAAUGUCGACAAAGCCUUCCAUGACCUCGUUAGAGUAAUUAGGCAACAGAUUCCUGAAAAAAGCCAGAAGAAGAAGAAGAAAACCAAAUGGCGGGGGGACCGGGCCACUGGUGCCCACAAACUGCAGUGUGUGAUGUUGUGAUGGGCCUGAGGCCUAGGGCACGGCAACCAUGAACUGGCUAGGCCUCGGGACCCCUCCACUGCCUAACUGCACUGAAAGACAUUUCUAACCACAACCCCGACGACUGGGUUUUUUUUUACCCUUGGCCCAAGGACUUGGCACAGGAAGGGAGAAAGGGAGGGUGGGUAGGGAGGAGACAGGGUUUGGCUUUGCCAAAGGGCACAGGCUUUCCAGUGUCUCACAAGAGACAAGGAAAUGACACAUAAACAGAAGCAGCAUCUAAGCCUUUCAUGUGUUGAUUCAACCCAGUUCCUCCCCUUCUCUUAGUGGAUAUGUGGUUUCUUUUAACUACAUAGUGUUGGUUUGCUGUGGAGGUGUUUAUCCACAUACAAAUACAAAAUAAGCCAUAAACAAACUUUUCCCUCUGCCCCCAAACAACAGUGUCUAAGCUUGGAUGUCUUUUCUAGAUUUUUAAAAUUAUUUUAGUGAUUAUUAUUAAAGGGAUCUGUGCCUGCUGGCUGGCGAAGUUUCUUGUCUUCAGAAGACCUCUCUGAUAACAAGUCUGGAAGGUCUUAUUUUACUUUUUUUUAAACUGAGUUCUUCCAGCUAUAUCAAAACUCAACUCAAUAUGAAAUUAUAGUGACUUAGAGAACAGAAGUUAACAGAAACUGUUGCUGGAGGCCUCAGGCCCUGGAUCAAAUCCAGGUGGGGAACAGACCCUACUCACAGCCUAUGAACUGGAGAGAAGACAGAUGUGUUUACCCAGAGGGCUUUGCUGUGGUCAAGGAUGCAGAGAUUAAGAAACUAUUUUUUUUGGGCGGGGGGGAGAGGUUGGCACGUCAGUUCUAAAAGAGGUUAUCAUUACUUGGGAAUGUAUAAGCUGAUGGGCUUUGCAAAAGUGUGAAUUUAUUUUUCAGACACGUGGGUUAAGUUCUGUGUUCUUCCUGGCCAUGUGAGAGGGUCCUGGGUUUCUCAGAUUUGUUUCUUUGUGCUCUCUCCCAUCACCUGUGCUGCCUGGUGCCUCUCUGAUAUAAAAACCCUAACACGGGCAUGUGUGCUUCUUCAUGUCCAAGUAUAAGCUAAUGGGGACACGAUCCAGAAAACUCUAGUUCAUGCUGAAUAUUAACCAAAAAUUAUUCAAUACCACUAAAAGAGCACCAUGAAAGCCCUGGAACCAUUUUCCCUGAGUCAACUGACAACCACCUCUGUAAGCAUUUACAUACAUAGCAUUAGGCUGCCUUUCCAGCACACACUUUAUUAACCUCUUGGAUCUUGACUAUUAGAUGUGAUUAGAGGAGAAAGGAAGAUAGGGCUGAUGACAAGGCUCCCAUGCACCUGUUUCUGCAAGGGGGACAGUCCUCCUGACUUCCUGACGAUGCCAUCCACCCUCCCAGGUGCUGCUGGUGUGAGCCCAGGACUGGGUGUCUCCUAGUCAGGGCAGGAGUGGCGGGGCAACAGGAACAGCAGCAUGCCUGAGAGGUCUGAAGGUGAGGUGGCACGGCCGGUGGCCUUACCUACCAAGUCUUACAAACCAGAUCACUAGGCAAAGUGGACCAUCCCCAACAACUGGCCUGGCCAAUCUUUGGACAAAGAAACCCAGGGAUAGUGAGCCCAGAUCGGACAUUGAGACACCUGGAUUCUUCUCCAUCUUUGAAAGUAUGUUGAGUUCCUAACUCGGCGAAAUCACCAGCAGCAGGGACCCAGCUGAAGAGUGAUUCUGCUGCAGAAUGAAACACUUGCAUUUUUGUUCAUUGGAAGUAAAACUUUGUAUUUGUCUAAGUAAUUUCCUCAAAGGAAGGAUAACAAAGAUCAUUCCAGAUGAGGCACUUCAGAGUUUCUCAGGAUCCUUUAAUGUUAGUGAGCAUUUUAAACACUAAAAAGACAAUGUUCGUUCCAAACCCUGCACUCCUCUGAGCCACAUCUGUGGCAGAUGUGUGAGCAGCGGGAUGGCAGCUCUCAGCAGCCAUGUGGAAGGGGAGAUGAUGGAGGAAGAAAGAUGGGAAGAAGGAUGGAGAUGCUCUGCAUUGAGGAAGUGGUGGGGUAGGACAAAAGCCCUGCACACAGGACAGUGUCUACUGCUGGAAAGUGUGUGCCCACACAGACCACCACCAGCACACCCUUACCUGGGUACAGCCUGCAGCUCCUUGGCAGCACUGAGGGGGCAUCUUGUAGAAAGUAGAUCAGUUGACCUACAAUGGGGCCCUUAGCUAUAGAGUAACCAGACAAAGGGCUCUGAUGGUUCCUGGGUCGGUCUUCUAGGGAUCUAUCCUGCAGACAGCCAACAGUUGAACCCCACAGUGCCCAAGAGAGAAACUGGUUAAGGAACGGCCUUCUGUAGCCUCUGCUCUUGGAUAAACUUUACCUCCCAUGGCCUCAUUUUCCCAUAGGAAAUAGAUAACACUUUUAAAAGACAGUUUGUUUUGUUUUAGAGAUGGGGCUGUGGUGGAGGUGGCUCCCAGAUAAGCCAGACCAGGCCUGGGAGCAGAGGAGACCUGGGCAUCCCCUGUGUAACAUCUCUGUGAUCACCUGACAGGUUCAGCCUGGGAAAGCAGCUUGCCACAUUACUCCAUGACUGAGGAGCCACUGGGACUCAUGUCUUUGGUGAUAUCCUGAUGUUCCCGCUGGUUUCCAGACCCUCUGAAUAGUACUAACUGUACAUCCCCUGGAGCACUCCCCUUACUCCAUCUUUGCCACUGUGUGCUCUCAGAUUUCCUCCCACUAUUCUAACACCACCUUAGGGGGCUCCUUUUCUCCCCAGCAGGACAUCCUAGCCAACCCACUUGCACAGUCCAGGGCCACGGCCAUGGUCACUUACUUCCUCUGCACUUGGCCACAUACGGGAAUGUGUGGUUGGUCACUGGUUUCCAACCACCUUGGAUGUUUUCUAUGAGGACUUUGCCCACCACCUUCUCGUGGUGCUUGCUAUGGAGAAUGUCUAGUUGGCCUAAAGUGGCCUGUCUCUCUUUGCCAGGAGACAUGACCCACUAACACAUGGCAACUCUAACCCUAAGACUCCUCAGAUGUGUUACGAUAAAUCUGGAGCCAAAGAUGGAGUCUCUCCAUUAGCAGACCGUUAGGUUCAAAAUAGCAUGUUGGGUUUACUUAGAAUGAAAGAUACUUGAAUUCAUGAGCACCCCGCUUUUGUUACAUAGAUGGCCAUUGUCGUGAACGAGAGCGACGCCUGAAGAUCAUGUGCGAGCCUUUUAUGUUCACUUUUUAUUAAGUCUUUGUGUAUCUUGACUCAUGAAUAAAGAGAAACACUUGCCUGUCUUGCUUCCUCUUAUUCAUAUAUGCCUAAAGUUUUACUAUGAAAAUUGUGAGUUAUCAAUAGCUUGCCCAGAUCACCCCUCUCUUACCAAACGUGUCCUUGGUCCUAACCAAACCUAAAGUGAGGAGACCACAGGUGGCCUUAAGGAGAUUCCUUCCUGCAUGGGGCCAAAGGAUGAAGGUAGGUUAGUGCAGUGUUUAGAGACAGCCUCUUGAUGUUGGGCAGACCUGACCUUUAUAUGCCUUUGAGCAAAUUACCUGCUUUAAUCUUCAGUUGCCCUGCCUGCAAAUGAAACAAGAAUGUGCAUCUUCUUAGUAGCUUGAGUAGGUCCCUGAUUGGCACGAACGGUUAAGCACUCAACUACCAGCCAAAAGGUUGGCAGUUCGAAUCCACCCAGAGGUCCCUCAGGAGACAGGCCUGGUGAUCUGUUUCUGAAAGGUCACAGCCUUGAAAACCCUAUGGAGCAGUCCUACUCUGCAUGCAUGCGGUCACAAUGGGUCAAAAUCAACUCAAUGGCAACUAACAAGUGGCUUGAGGACUAAAGCUAAAUAUGGUAAGGGGCCCAGAAAUGAUGCUCUUUGUAAUGAUGCUCUAUUGGAUUUUCUGCUUAGCACUCCUUUUCAUGGAAACUGCCCCUGCCCAUCCACAGGGGUACAGUGUGCUUUCAUUUUUCUGUUGAUUGAACCUGGUGGGUACUUGACCAAACUGAGCCUCUCAGAGUCCCUGUUCUAGUAAUUGGGAAUAGAGACCAAGUUCCUCUUCUUGGUACUUCUUUGAUUAUACAUGAAACAUGUAAAGCCGAGAAGCUGCAGGGUGCUUCUGACAUCCUCUGGACUAGGAGUAGAGAAGGCCAGACUGCAGAGAGAGGCUGGAGGAGAGGGGGUGAUGGAUGGUCAGGCCUGGCUUCCUGCCUCUCGUUUCACAAAUAUUCAUUAGGCCCUACCAUGUGCCGGGGGCAUAGUUGGUUCAGUAGUAGAAUUCUUGCCUUCCACAUGGGAGACCCAGGUUUAAUUCCUGGCCAGUGCAAUGUGCAGCCACCACCUGUCUAUAAGUGAAGGCUUACAUGUUAUAAUGCUGAACAGAUUUCAGCAGCACUUCCAGACUGAGAUGGACUAGGAAGAGAGGCCUGGUGAUCAACUUCCAAAUAUCAACUAGUAAAAACCCUAUAGAUCAAAAAGUCUAUUCUACAACAAUAGUGGGGAUGGCACAGGACUGGCAGUGUUUUGGUUCACUGUGCAUAGAUAGUGUCACCAUGAGUCAGGAGCCAACAGCAGCUAAGAACACCACCAUGUGUUAGGCAUUAGGCUAGAUAUAUGGUACUAGAUAGUGAACAGUGCAAAGGGUCUCCUAAUAACCCAUUCUCCUUUUGCCCCUUAGGUCAGCACAAAUGUUCUUCCUCUUGCAGUCAAAAGUCUACAUGAUACACUAUUUGUAAGACAUCCCAUGGCAUGACAGGUUUUAGUGUGUGGAGGGUGGGCUGGCUGGCUCCAUUUUAAUGACCUGGGAUAGACUGGACAACAGGAGGGUAGUCUUAACUAUAAAGGCCAAAAGUCCCUCCCAGUGGCAGUUCUUCAUCCAACAGGCAUUGGGAGUUCAGACUGAGUGUGCUGUUUCUUUGAUCCUCAGAAGUAACCUUAAGUGGGAAAAAUUGGAAUCUUGGAAAACCACCUGGACUGGAGUCAUCUUCACAAGGACAGCAUACACCUGGAUCUUUCCAAACCCAUGUCCACACGCUCUUGAGCCCAUGGCAGGGUGGACGUCCUGAGUCCCUCUGUGACCGGGGCUUAUGGAGCUCCACCCAUAUCCUGGCCCCAAAGAGGGCAUGCUUUUUUAAAAAAAAUACUUUCAUUUGUUACUAUGGGAGCAAACAUUUGCACCCACUUUAAAUUGUCUAUCUCCAGAGGUGCACCCAGCUUUGGCAAAAGAAGCCACAGCCUGUCAGUGGGAUGGGUGGCCACCACGGUCUGGCAGGUUUGGGGUGCUCUCCCCCUUGUAGCACCAACACACCCAAAUACCAAGAAAAGGCUGACCACUUGCCUCUGCAGCCCCAUCAAAGUUCCUUCCCAGGCUGUGCCACCUCCCGCUCCCACUCAUUGUUGAGUCCCAGCCAUCAGCACCCUCUCCAUUGUCUUCAGGGCAGCAAUGAGGAACCCACCUGUCUUAGUCAUCUAGUGCUACUUUAACAGAAAUACCGCAGUGGAUGGCUUUAACAAAGAGAAAUUUAACCUCUCACAGUUUAGUAGGUUCCAAGUCCAAAUUCAGGGUAUUGGCUCCAGGGUAAGGCUUUCUCUGUCAGCUCUGGAGGAAGUCCUUGUCCCCAAUCUUCCCCUGGUCAAGGAGCUUCUCAGUCACAGGAACCCCAGGUCCAAAGGACGGGCUCUGCUCCUUGUGCUGCUUUCUUGGUGGCAUGAGGUUCCCAA